GUGGAAUCCUUCCUCUAAUAACAAGGAAUAUAAUACAAGGCAUCACCUUGCAACUUCCUGCCAUGGUAGGCCAGUGCCUCCAGGAAAACUAUGACUUAUCAGAUAACUCUGAUAUACUAACCCCUAUAACACCAAAUAUCCAAGAAGUACUCAGUGAUUUGAGCCAGUCCAUGCGAGAAAUAAGAUCAGAAUUAGCUGAAAUAAAAGAAAGCCAAUCAUUUCAUACCAAGAUGUAUGAUGACCUCGCAAAUAAGAACAAAAUCUUGGGAAAACAAGUAUCCGAUAACAAAAGAACUAUCGAUAAUCUUCUUGAGCGAAUAUAUGAUCUGGAAGACGAUCUAUACUAUGUCUCGGAGAAGCUUGAAGAUCAAGAAAGACGCGGGCGUCUAGAGAAUCUCGAGUUUCAUGGAGUCCCCAUCACUGAAAAUGAGAAUACGGAUGAAAUAGUCUGUAACAUAGCAAAGAUGAUUGGCGUUAACAUCCAUGCCACCGAUAUCUCUGUUUCACACAGAAUGCCAACAGGAGCCCAACAUACUAGAACUCCUGCCAUAAUUGCAAAAUUCGUCCACCGCAAAAACAAAAUGAAGAUCUUUGAAAAAAGAAAGUCCCUGCGAUCAAUAAAAUCAAGCGCAGUGUUUAAACAUCCUUCAAAAAUAUUUAUUGCAGAAAAUCUAACGGCUCUGAAUAAAGAUCUGUACUUCAGAGCUAGAGCUGCAAAAAAUAACUGCGGAUACAAAUUUAUAUGGACCUCAAAUGGAAAGGUAUUCGUGAAAAAGAACAGCGAUGUCAAAAACUCACUAAAUAUUAGAUGUGAUGAAGAUCUGUCAAAAAUCAAAUAACUGUUAUGUGAGUGCCAUUUUCUACUUAUUCUA